UUAUCUGUUUACCUCAUAAGUAGCAUUUUACUUCCUUGUUCACUGUUCACCUCUGUUGCAACUACAUUUCAGUUUUCACCCUCUCCACUCCUUGCUCUCCCCUUUAUCGCCUGCUUCUAUCAUGAGCCGCGUGUGCACUGAGCACCUCCGGUUAUGACUCUCGAACCUUACACUCGUCGUCUAUCCAACUGUUACCGUCACCCGGCCGAACCGGUCACCGGCUUCUGUGCCUCAUGCUUACGCGAACGCCUCGCCGGAAUCGACCCUUCAGGUCUCCCGGAACCCUCUUCCUCCACCUCCUCCAGCACCGUCACCGCCACCACAUCUCUCAAAUCCGUCCUCAGCAACUCCGGUGGCGGCCGAGCUGAUAGAGCCGGUCACCGGAAGAUAGCCUCCUCUUCCUUCUCGCCGGAGCUCCGUCGCAGCAAAUCCGUCGCCGUCCACAACUGCGAAGCUUCCUCCGGAUUAUCUGAGCCUCGCAGAAAUUCAUGCGAAGCUAGGGUUCCUAAUAGUCUGCUAAAUCUGUUCCUCCUCGAUGAUAAAAGGAAACGACUUGAUAGAGAGCCCGAGGUUGAAUCGAAGAACUUAGGGUUUUCAGGACUCACUGAUCCUGUGCCAGAGUUGGUUGGAGAGGAUGAAAAUGAAGACAAAACUAGGGUUGCUGAGGAUGUGUUGGGACAAAAUGUCGAUGACGAGAGAGCUGGAGACGAUGAAGAAGAACUCAAGACGGUGAAAGAGCUCAUAGAUCUCGAAUUGCAGAGAAAGAAGCAGAUGGGGAUGGAUUUGAAGGACAUUGCGGGAAGUUUUCGGGCGGCGGCGUCGGUUUUCAGCAAGAAAUUGCGAAAAUGGAAGCGAAAGCAAAAGGGGAAGAAGUAUUACGCCGGAGCCAACGGUGGCGGUGGCGGUGGCGGUGAUCUAUUGACAAUGCGUGUUGAGAAGCCAAAUGGGUGGCAGUUGAGGGAGACACAGUCGGAAAUUGGGGAUUAUGGAUUUGGGCGGAGGUCUUGCGAUGUGGAUCGGAGAUUUUCAGUUGAUGGUGGUCGAAUGUCUUUAGAUGAUCCAAGAUUUUCGUUUGAUGAGCAUAGGGCUUCUUGGGAUGGUUAUCUGAUUGCAAGAACAAUUCCACGGCUUACACCAAUGCUUUCUGUUGUUGAAAAUGCGAUGAUGGCACCGGUGAACAGGUCCGAUAAUCGGAGGUGGGUUGAAGAGCAGAUGAUGAAUUCAAUCAAUGAAGAUGAGACGACCUCUGGUGGAUCAGCUCAGACUAGAGAUUACUACUGGGAUUCUUCCUCUUCACAGAGGCGAAGUAGUUUUGAUGGUUCGAGUUCUAUGAAGAGUUCCAAUAAAAAAACUUCAGCAUUAGAGGGUGAUGAAAUGAAAACUGUAUUGAAUUCCAAGGUGUCCCCUGCAACAAUUGAUAUCUUUCACGGGACAAAGUUGUUAAUUACAGAGAGAGAGAUGGGGAAUCUGAACUCGAAUUCUUUCAAAGAUGAUCAGUUGGAGAGCAUUGAAUCUGCUUCGAAGAAAGCUACUUUUGUGGCAAGUGGUGGUAACCCAAAAGAGGUCAAGAAGCAUGGUAGGUGGCGAAAAGUGUGGAACUUUUGGGGUUCUAGGCAAGGGCUGAUUGACAGCAAAUAUGGAGAUGUUGGAGAAAAUGUGAUUGACCAGUCACUUGGAGAGCUUUACGAAAAGCAGGCCGGGGAGGCUGAUGGAAUAGAGAAUGAGGCUCGUGGCGAGAAGGUCAUUCGUAGCAGUAGCUGUGUUAAUUCUAGGAGCUCCGAUAAAAUGAUUGGAUCACAUGGAAGUAUGAGGAGUGUGACAGAGACUAGAGGCUGUGUUCCGAAGAUUAAAGAAGAUUUUGUGCUGGAUAAAAACCGGAGUGGCAGGUAUUCUCCGAGCAACUUUGAUAAUGGUCUAUUGCGGUUUUAUUUGACACCAACAAGGAGCUAUAAUAACAAAUCUGGAAAAAGUAGGCUAAAGAAUUCACAAUCUUCAGCCAGUAGUGUGUUAAGGUUGGACUGAAUUGAUUGUAAAAGGAUUGUUGAUGCGUUUCUUCUGUGAAAUGAAGCUCUGUAAAGAUGUUGAUGCGUUUCUUCUUGUUAUUCGGACAACCGCACAUCAUAUUGUUACUUUUCUGUGCUUAACAAGCUUUUGCAAUACAAAGGUUGUAUUUCUUCUUUA